AUGAAGUUUUCCGGAAUUCUUCUAUUAGUUAUCCUCUCUGCGGCAAAUGCUUUGCCAAGUCCUGGAUAUCCGAUUGCUGCAAUGUCCGUAAGAUCCGAAUCAUUGUUAAAACGAGUUGCCUCAUAUCCAAUUGCCGAAAGACUCGAACCAGAUCCUGACGAUCCUGACAAUCCUGACUCGUAUCCAAUUGCCGAAAGACUCGAACCAGAUCCUGACGAUCCUGACUCGUAUCCAAUCGCCAGACGAUCCGAUUGCCGAUACCCUGAUACCAGAUCGUAUCCAAUUGCCGAAAGGGGCUGCUAA